UUUUUCUAAAUUAUGACAAUUGACAGCUGUCAAAUUAAAUAAAAAACAUUGUGCGGCCGAUUAUCUAGCAGAGCUGUGCGCUUCGGAGGAAUUUGUUUUCUAUAUUUCUUAUUUGACGAUUAAGAAAUCGAUGCCAUGAUACGCGAAGAUGACCCACAGUUCAGAAUUACUCCGGUCCAGCAAAUGGCAUCAGCAUGCACUGGUGCCCUCAUAACCUCCCUAUUCAUGACGCCAUUAGAUGUUGUAAAAAUAAGGCUUCAGGCUCAACAAAAGGCGCUACUCUCUAAUAAAUGUUAUUUAUAUUGCAAUGGGUUGAUGGAACAUUUGUGCCCGUGCGGAGAAACUGCAUGGAUACCUAAGAGAGUUCAUUUUCACGGCACAUUUGAUGCCUUCUACAAAAUAGCUAAGUUGGAAGGAGUUCCCGCAUUAUGGUCUGGUUUGAGCCCCACGCUGGUUUUAGCUUUGCCCUGUACAGUAAUCUAUUUUGUGUCUUAUGAACAACUGCGAUACAAAAUGAAAACUGCAUACAAUAAAAUAACUGGGGACAUGACACAACCAAUCUGGAUUCCUUUAACAGCUGGUGCAACAGCUAGAAUGACUGCCGUUACAAUAGUUAGCCCUCUUGAAUUAAUUAGAACCAAAAUGCAAUCAAAGAAGUUGACAUAUUCAGAAAUCAGCCUUGCAUUGAGACAAGUCAUAAAGUAUGAGGGAUACAGAGGGCUAUUCCGUGGACUAGGAUCUACAUUGUUAAGGGAUGUGCCAUUCUCAGGUAUAUACUGGACUACAUUUGAAACAACUAAAAGAGUAUUUAAUAAGCCUGACUCAGAAAAGAACACAUUCUUGUUUAACUUCUUUUGUGGUGCAGUUGCUGGAAGUAUUGCUGCACUAGUCACACUACCAUUUGAUGUGGUAAAAACUCACCAACAAAUUGAAUUAGGCGAGAAGGAAAUUUAUACAGAUGGCAAAGUUCAGCAAAGAGCCUCAAACAUGCAGGAUAUUGCAAGAAAUAUAUACAGGAAUCAUGGAUUCAAAGGUCUAUUCACUGGAUUACUACCUCGAAUAUUUAAAGUGGCACCAGCUUGUGCCAUCAUGAUAGCAACAUUCGAAUAUGGAAAACAAUUUUUCCGAAAAUAUAAUACCCAGAAAUAUAAGGAGAAGAUGCAAAGACAUCAAGAAAUUGUUUUAGUGGGACAAACAUCAAACAACAAUGAAUAUUCAUGAAGUAAUGAUAAACAUGGGUUAUAAUUGAUAUUUCCAAUAACUGUUGCAGUUAUUAAAUGUGAUACAAUUUGUAUGUUUAGAUUAUAGUUUUCAUGGCUGUUUUAGUUACCAAGAAGUUAAAGGCAGUGAUAAUAUGACAAAAUAAAUCAUUUUAAAUAAGACAUUCUCUGUUAUGGUCUCAUUAUUGAAACAUUUUAGAAAUGUUGACAUUCAGUUUUUAAAUAACACUCUGGUAAUUUCUCUCACUAGAACAUAGGUCAGUAUAAAUAUUGUAAUUUGUAAUCAUUAUGAUUUUUACGAUUUUACAUCUAAUAUUGACUAUGUAUGUUUAGAUCAGAACAUGAAUACAAUACUUUAGAAUGAGCUGUAGUCAUUUUCUUAUCACAAUGUAAAGUAAAGAUAUAAAUUAAUUAUUUAUGAAUUUGUGUCAGUUAAAAAUGCUACUAAAUAUGUAUUCCUGAUGCGAGACAUUCAUAUCUUGGGCACCGUUUAGGUUCUAAUACUGGAUGACAAAUAGAACUGAUUUAAGAAAAUUAACCUUGUCACUUCUGUAGCUUAAUUCUAUUAAUAGUUUAGUAACUGUUUUGUGAAAUUUGUUUUAUGUAUAAUGUGGCAGUUGGUCUUCCAACUGAUGUUAAUCCUUCUUGGGAAAUGCAAUAUAUUGUACAAUUAAAUAAAAUGUUUUUAUUUUUGUAUUUAUACAUCUAUUUAAUCUUCUGAAUAGAUUGUUAUUAAAUAAAUGAUACAUGAAGUAUCCUCAAAUAAAGUUUCACUGUCACAUUAAGGGCUUUGUAAAUAUUAAUAAGAAUCUGUAAAUAUUGAUAUAAGUAGUUUGUAAAUAACAAUGACAUAAAUUGUUCAUUUCGAAAACCCAA